AAUAGCACAACAAGCUGAAAAAUAAAAUAAAAAGCAGAAACAAUUUUGCUGUGUUCGCAACCAACAACCUACGCUCGACCAUAACAACAGCAACGCCGGCAACCAUAAGGUGCAUAAGGCAUAUUUAUUGCUUUUUGAAUUUUGGCCAAGUCACAAGAUUACAGUAAAGAAAUAUAAAAAAUGGCUCUACGCCUGCGAAGAGAUGUACAAAAAGCAUCCUAUUAUGUUUGGUUUCUGGGCGCCGAGGAGGCGAAAGGUUUGCGCGGCACACGUGUCAUCAACUCGGUGCUGCCGUAUCUGAUUGAUCGGUCACGCGGCCAAGAGCCGCUCAAGGUGACGCUGCAGGUCUCCCACAAGGGUAUCAAAAUAUUGCAGGGCUCCUCAAAACAUUUCAUACCACACAGUGCCAUAACCAGCUCCGUGCAAACGGAUGAUAUCGUUGCAUGUGUUUUGUUGCUUUAUAAUCCGGCAACGAAAUGUCCACUGCACGUACACGCCUACCGUUGCGAUUCUGAGUCAACAGCCGAGGCGUUGCAUCAACAGCUCCAAAUACUAAUCAAUCGGCCAGAAAAUCAAAAACGUUUUGAGGAAUUAGAAACACGUUUGGGCAUCCUGCCGCCAUUGCCCACGUCCGGCGGCGGCGGCGGCAACAACAGCAAUGGCAAAUCUGCAGCCCACAUGUCUAGCAAUGGUCACGGCAACGAACACAACAACAGCAAGUCCAAACAUUAUUUGUCACAACAACCGCAGUCACAACUGCUACAUCAGCAACAACAACAACAGCGCCGCAAUGACUCUUCACCGAAACGAUUUAGCUCGUCGCUGGGCAGCGAUACCGGCAAUAGUACACGCGAAUCCGAAUGCAGCGAAGAGCAUAGUGGAGGUUCGCCCGUUUCGCGUUCACCGCCAGUCACGGCGACCACAAAACCACUGCCACUGCCACAGCCCACUAGCGAGCUAUUCGACUCCUUAGCCGCAGAGCUGCGUGCCAAAUUGAAUGGUAAUGGACCGCCUUUGUUACUGCCACCACGCGACUACGACACAGUACAUCGUUCCAAGGGUAAUUUGACAGCCAUCGAGCUUCGGCGCUGUCGCAAUGCAUUGAUUGUGGGCGGCGCUACACCGAAUGAGACAGCAGUGCCUGUCGGGGGCAAGCAGGUCUCUUCGCGCGGCUCAUCGGGCAUCGGUUCCGAUUUGGCGCCAAGCCCAGAGCGGCAGGAUUUAAAUAGUUCGAGUGAGGAUGAGCAGUGGUCUAAUGAAGCAGAUAACUCAGUGAUCGCGCUCAAACCGUCACAGAUCGCUAUGGAACGUUCACCGCCCAUAAUUCCACAUCAUCCGCAAUUGAAUCGCAAGAGCGCCGUUCAACCACCAGAGGAUAGUUAUUUGCGUGAUUUACCUGCUAAGCCGUAUACGCCGCGUCAAAGCGCGCAUCGUGAAAAAAUCGCUGGACCCCCACACGAACGCGAUCCACGUUCGAAGACCCCGUCGACCGCGAGCUGGUCGCGCGAGGAUGAAAUCAAGCCAAUCAUAAUGCGCCCAGCUGAUUACGAUGCGAAAUUUAAUCGCGUCAUGCAGGCCGAGACCAAACAAGAUUAUCAUCGCCGCGCCGAUGGUGGCGGUGGAGGCGGCGGUGGCGGCGUUAACAGCAAUAGAGAACGCGAACGCGAACGUGAGCGCGAGCGCGAGCAUCCAAAGCUGCGCGACACUGAUAAAUACAAUGAAAUCAAUCGUUUAUUAAACAAAAAACUUUCUCUGGAACGUGAAACGCCAGAUCCGCGUUUAGCAAAACACAAACCAGAUGAUGGGGAGGACUUUAAUGACUCGGAUCCGGCUAGCGAUCAUAUGCCCGUGCAUCCGUCCUCCAACUAUAGCAAGGAAAAUUUAACAGAUAAACAAAAAUUCAUCCAAUACGCCGCAAAGAAACAGUCCAAAUCAUUUGCUGUCGACGAAGCACAUCGCUAUGGCGGUCGUCAUCGUUAUGUCGAUCCAGCCGAUCUGCCCUUUGAACAAACCGCAAGCCAUAACAAAUAUGCGGCUGCUCAUCGUACUACACACUCGCCAGAGCGUUCAGAAUUAAGCCACACCCGCAGUAAUGAACGCGAUCGAGAGCCAGAACGUUUGCGCGAACGAGAAAAGGAACGUGAACGCGAGCGCAAGCAAUAUUCGCGCAGCAAUGAGCGUAAUCCAUACCGCGAACCUGAAAGCCUACCCUAUAUACAGAGCAUGGAGAAGAUGAUGAAGUCAUCUGCCAUGCGUUACAAGGCUUUUGAUGGGACAGUGGAGCCGGUGACAGUAGCAGCACCGAAGGAAGAGCUCCACACAAAACUCAGUUCACAGCAUAGCAAAUCAUCGUAUACAAAGCGGCUCAAUGAUGACGGACGGCCAAUGGAAUAUGCACACUCAAACGGGCGACCCGAUGUCACCCCCAAAGAUCGCUUCAAAGAUGCCAAGGACAAAUUCCGCGCUAUGGAACGCACUGGUAGUCGAUACGAUCUGGCCGAAGAGAAAGACAUCACCGAUUUUAGACCACGACGACGCGGUUCAGUUGAGCGCGCAGAUGGCGGACGUUCAUAUGCUGACUGGAGUGAUGAGGAACGCCUCGAUGACUCGCCACCACCGCAACCAAUCGCUGCACGUUCGCGCUCACGAUCACGCGGUCAACUCUGGGAGGAGAGCCACAUGCCACCACCACGCGAAAUGAUGCCGCCACGUGAACAUCACUUGCGCGAACAUGGCCGAGAGCGUCCAUUUCAAGAGCACGCGCCAGAUAUGCGUGCACCACGGGAAUCGGCAGGCAAACGACCCGACGCGCAUCGCAUAAUGCGUGAACGCUCCAGCGACAUGACAGAUGGUCGUGAUCCCUACCGUGAUGCAUACCGGUAUGAACAGCGCGGCGCCCUACGUGAUCACUCACGUGACGCGCCACAUGUACGCGACGAACGCGAACGCGAGCGACAUCGCGAACCAUUGAGACGUGAGUACUCGCCUGAUGUGCGCGCAGCAGGUCCAACAGAACAUCGCACGAAUCGGCGACAAACUGAGAAACAUACAGAUUACUAUCCUUCACCCACACCGCCGCCACCCAUUACCGGUGCGCCGAUACCGAAUACAAAGGGUAUCGCCAAUCUUGGAAAAGGCUAUCGUCACAGCUAUGCGGAGCCGGUGUUUGCGCGCGCCGGAGGGCGCGUAGGCUUGGCGGCCGUGAACCCAUACUAAAAAAGGAUGUCGAAAAUGCGGUUUGGGGUUUAUUUGGAAAUACAUACUUGGUUUCACUGUAAUAUUACUAAUAAUAUACUAAUUUAGUAUAAGUAUUGAAAAGCAGAGAAAUUUUAAAGCAGUAUGCAAUUUUGAUGGCAGCAAGUAUUUGGUAAAUUGUUUGCAGUUAAUGAACAAUUUGUAAUAUGCGAAAAGCUAUUUGAAAUUUCUUUAAUAUUUUAAAUCAUAUAUUGUAUCAAAUUUAUAAAUAAUCGACGUAUUUACUUAUAUAC